UUGAAAAAACUGGAAAAAUAAAAGAAAUAAGAGAAUCUGAGAUGUUCGUCUUCAUUUCAGACAGCGAAGACCAUUUUGAUCGGCAUCCAGAACCUCGGAACCCAAAAGAGCGGAGUAACGGCGGGCAGCUUUUUCAUGAAUUUCACUGCUACUAAACUGGAGAGUGGUGAAAUCGGCUUGGAAUGAAUGGAAACCCUAGGACACAGUAAGGCUCCCAACCAGAUCAGAUCGGCUACAAGAAACACUGGCGAACCAGCGGCCUACUCCGGCAGCUGAAAUUUACCGACGAGAACUGGUUGUCUUGGAGUCUUUCUAUCAGCACAGUCGCAAAGUGGGAAAUGGAAACCUCCGACGGCGGCGGUAUCGGCCUCGACUGCAGCGUGGGCAAUAUCGUUUGGGUUCGUCGGAGGAACGGUUCGUGGUGGCCUGGGCGUAUUCUCGGGCAUGAAGAGCUGUCGGAAUCGCAUCUGAUGUCACCGAGAUCCGGAACGCCGGUUAAGUUGCUUGGUAGAGAAGAUGCCAGCGUGGAUUGGUACAACCUGGAAAAAUCCAAACGGGUCAAGGCAUUUCGGUGUGGAGAGUUUGAUGCUUGUAUUGAGAGGGCUGAAGCUUCCCAAAGCAUUCCCAUUAAAAAGAGGGAGAAAUAUGCUCGUAGAGAAGAUGCUAUUCUUCAUGCCCUUGAGCUCGAGAAAAAGCAGAAAUUAGGAGCUACUUCAAAUGCUAUCAGCAGUAAAUCCAUUGGAGCUUAUAAAAGAGAGCAUAUCACUUUGUCUUCUCCAGAAACUUCUAUAAGGCAUGAAGAACCUGUUUCACGCGGGAAACUAUCCUUCAAGUGUGAAAACUUACAUAAAAAGGUAGUUUUUUCACACGAGGGAGAUGAUACCAAUGAUCCCUCAUGUUUGCAUGGGGGAAGAGGUAACCAGCAAUUCAGCUUAGAACAUGAUAAUGCUGAAGCCAUUCCUCGGAUGAGAGGUUUACAGGAUUUUGGACUUAAAACAACACAAUCUAAGAGAAAACCAUCCAUAUCCAGCAGUUGGGAGAAUUCUUGCAAAUCUGUUGAACAUCAUAUUGAUUCUCUUUCCAGUUCUGGUUAUAUCAUGGAGGGAGCAGAUCAAGCCAGUACAAGCAGAAAUGAUAUGUUAGUUAAAAGGAAGAGAUCAUAUGGUGGUGUAAUUGAUGAAUUUCUUGUUAAAAAACGUGAUCGGCGUCGGCCUCUUCUUCAAGUUUUGGAAAGCAGUGCAAAACUACCUCCACUCUCUUUUCAGCCUAAUUGCAACGCUUCGAAGACAGAAGAAACUGAUAAAAUGGCUUCUACUUGGCGGGCAAAACGAAGCAGAUGUGUUUAUUUACCUGCUGAUUUGGAUGAGCAUCUCGAGCAUGGUGGGUAUACUUCUGAACAUAUGCUAGCAUCAACAAAUCAUUUUGAAUUGUGCAGUGAUAUCAAUUAUUCAGGAAACGUUGAUGGAGGAUGUACCCCUUCUUGUUUAAUUGAAGUGACUGAUAGUGAUUGUUGUGAUGGUGACCUUUUGGAGCCAGAAAUGGUACAGGAAACGGAUAUGUUAAUAGAUUCAACUGAUAUACUGUUACCAGGAUCAAAAGAUUGUGAUCCUUCUGAAUUUCAAGUUACAGGAGGGUUCAGGAGCCUGAUCCAGGAGGAUGUUCCUCUUUCUGGAUUUUUGUCCCAGCUACAAGGGCAGCCUAAAGACACUUCUUCUGAGGCUGGUGUUUCUAAGUGGCGCAUGAAGGGUAAACGAAACAUUCGAAAUGUAGGAAAGAGGCUCAUGGAUGCAGGCGACAUAAAAUCAUGCUGCGCUGAUUUAGAUAAAUGCAGCAGGUCCAUCAGCUCAACAUGUGAGAGCAAAGAUAGUCUGAAGUUUGGCAGUGCAGAACCAUCCAACCAAAGGAUUGAAGGCCGGGGCUUUUAUCCCAUAAAGGAGGAGUUUGAAAAUCCUCAUUAUGAGAAUGAUUUGGUUGAUAAGGAUUUGGAUCAGAACGAGAUGAGUGUAUAUGGUAAUAUGAGAAUUCCUAUACAAUCUAUUAGGAGCCACUGCAGCCUCAAUGAUUCUGAUGAGGAUUCCCAUGGUUUAAACCCAUCUAUCUGGGAGCCAUCUAAUUUGACUUGUAAUCCACUGUGGGAAGAUUCAGUUGAUCUAUUUGACCAGGCUUAUGUCACUCAUCCUGAAAAUGAAAUGGAGCCUCUGUUAAUAGACGUGGAUUUGAAGGUUCAAACUAGCUAUCAAGGUGAGCAUGUUCCUCUGGUUUCACUAAUGAGCAGACUAAAUGGAAAGGCAAUAAUAGGUCAUCCCAUUCAGAUUGAAAUCCUGGAAGAUGGCUCCGCCAGCCACCUUGCCUCUACACACGAUGCUAUUAUGGACGAAAGCGCUGCUCCUCAAGCUAUGUGGCGGACUGCCAGAAGAACUGCAAUGCAGAGAGUUCCUCGUUCGAUUCCUUUAACGGCUGCAUUGGAGGAAGAGGAUGCUGACAUGUUCCAACAUUCAGGACGUGAAAGCAAACUCCCAUUACACAAGGAGGCAUACUAUCACUACUUGAAGCACCAGGUGAGACCGGCUAAGAAGAGAGUUUCCCUUCUUCACCAGUCAGCUUUAAGGAAGUUCCAGAAGAAGAAUGCAAAGAGAUUAAGCUUAUCCAGUAAGAAAACAAGAACACUAUCUUCCCUGGCAUCUGAUGAGAAGCUGAGCGGUGAGUGUGAUGGACAUAAACUUGAUGGUUUGAUUAAAACGGAGGACUCCGUACCGCUCGUGACAUGUGUGCCUGUAAAAGUUGUAUUCAGUAGGAUUCUGGAAGCAGUUGGUAGAUCACCGUCAUCGGAGGCUCACUGUGUAAUAAUGAGCAGUCCAGGCUGAACUCCCUAGAAUUGUUUUAUAUGUCUAAUUUAUUUGCUUCAUAGGUGUGACCAGGUUUUGGUCCUCAUGCUUCAUGUGCUCUGCUGGAUGGAGCUAAGCUUUUUUUAAUGGCGCAGAAGAAUUUUCAUCUUCUAGCUGAUGGAGGAAGUGCCUUCUCAGAAUGACGAUUAACAUAUUCUGUUAAUACCAAUUGAGUGAGUUCACUAAGCUUAAAUAUUCUCCAUUGUUGAAUGUGAAUCCUUUGUUUUAUUCAAAGAGAGUAGGGGCUUGUUUUUGUUGAGCUUUUAGCUUAUAAGACAGUAAAAUGGCCCAUUUCUGACGUGUUGUGUUGCUGAGAUAUGGUGCUUCUGCUGUCACAAGAGAUAUUUAUCAUUCAGCUCUCGGUGGGCUGACUUCUGUAAAGUACUGACUAAUAGUUUUACCAUUUAGCUUGGUUCAACUGUUCAACAUAAUAUACCGAUGAGUUUCUCGGGCAUGUAAAAGAGCUGUAUGUGAGGUAACAAACAUAUACAGAAGUUAAUUAUUUAUCUAUUUAUUUUUAA